GCCUCUCAGCAUAGCAGACCCGGAGCGCGCGCGGUCAGGACGCACGGUCAUGCACUGUCUCGCGCUCUGACCCGGAGCUCGCGCGCGUGGUUUCCUCCAGUUUCUCGCGGUGGUAUGAAUAACAGUAGUAGUAAUAGUAAUCAUUAUUAUGAUGAAUAAUAAAUAGUUUCUCCUGCGGCGGACAUGCGCGGAGCAAACGGAGCAAAAAUAAAAGAAGCUGCGGACAGAAGGAGGAGAAUGUCGGUAAUCCGUUAGACACGGAAUGCAAAGAAAGAGGAGCGCGUGCAGACAAGUGGCGCAGAAAUGCAGCGGUGUGACAUGUUCUUUGUGGUCCUAGAAUGAAAAAUAGUGUUCUAUGACAAAGACUUGAUUGAUGCAUUGUGUGUCAUCUCCACCCGAGAAACUCCGGACGCACUGAUUUGCCAGAAAUAAUCAAAUACAAUUCAAAAGAAAUUACAGAAAGAAAAACCAAAUCCAGGAACGAUGCUGAACACACACAAUUAUGGAUUGCAUGGCUCGCGCUCUUGUGCAUGGAAGUGUGUGUGCGCUCGCUGGAGGUGACGGUCAGCCAGAGCAGCGUGCAGGUGGCCAGAGGCCAAGCGGCCAUCUUGCCCUGCACUUUCACCACCAGCGCCGCCCUCAACAAUUUGUACAUCAUCUGGAUGGUGACGCCGCUGGCCAACGCCAACCAACCUGAGCAGGUGAUUAUUUAUCAGGGCGGUCAGGUCUUCAGCCUUGCUAACCGUAUGAACAAUCGUGUGGGUUUUGUGGCCACGAUGCCCAGCACCAGUGCCUCCAUCUUCAUCAACAACACACAGUUGGCGGACACAGGGACGUACCAGUGCCUCGUCAACAACCUGCCCGACCGCGGGGGGCGCAACAUCGGUGUCAUCGGCCUCACCGUGCUCGUCCCUCCAUCUUUACCCGUGUGUCGCAUUCAGGGUUCUCUCGACGUCGGCAGUGAUGUCACGCUGCUCUGUGGUUCCGAAGAGGGAAUUCCGACACCAACGUACUCAUGGGAGAAACUCGACUCCGUGCCCAAACUCCCUCUCGGUGCCAUGCAAGAUCAGAUGCAGGGCACGGUGAGUCUGAAGAACAUCAGCGUGGGGACGUCGGGUGUGUACCAGUGCACCGCCUCCAACGCCAUCGGCACCAGCACGUGUCAACUCAACCUGCAGGUGGUGACACCUCAGCCCCAGAGCGUCGGUCUCAUCGCUGGAACCGUCGUCUCCGGUGUCCUCGCGGCGGUGAUUUUCGCCCUGCUGGUGAUCGUCACGCUUUUCUACUGGAGGAACAAAAACCGCUACGAAGACGACGACAUCCCCAAUGAAAUCAGAGAGGACGAUCUUCCUCCAAAGAGGUCUUCGUCGGUGAAGGCGUUCCAGGCGGACGCCUCGUCCUCGGAGAACGACACGCUCACCUCCACCAACACCUACAACAGCCGUUACUGGCACAACGCCAAAGCCAGCUACGACGCCAACUCCUACACUCGCUACGAUGGGCAAAGCUUCACAACUGGGGGCGGGACUGGUGGGGGAGUGGGCGGAGCCUACGCAAACGGUGGGCACACUCUCCCAGCUCCCAAGACUCUGGUGGUCACCGCCAAUUCUGCGCCCAUUGUGACACGCAGCAACGGUUCGCUGAGUCAUCGAGCUCCACCAGCCACACCCCCACCUCCUUCUGGCUCCGCCCCCACACAUGUGCCGAGCCGCACACAUUCGUACGCAGUGAGCCAGGCAGUGCUGGAACGCAUGGGCGCCGUGCCCGUCAUGGUUCCCGCUCAGAGCAGGGCGGGUUCUCUGGUCUAACACCAACCUGAGAUGGACAAACUGAAUUUUUACAAUUCUUUAUACAAACGAUGCCAUCUCUUUUUUUUCCAUUAAUGAACUACUGAUUUUACUCUGUGAGGGUUUUUUUUUCUACAUUAGCAAAUUUGCAAUAAUAAUAAUAAUAAUAAUAAUAAUAAUAAUAAUAAUAAUAAUAAUAAUAAUGGCUGUCGGGGAAUCAGGAGGACGGCGUACACAGCUUUGGGAACGUUUUUGGAGGACAUUUGGAACGUGUCCUUGAUGACAUGCAUGUGCAUCUCGAUUGCACAAUGACGUCAAUUUUCAGCCGCCAUUUUUACUUACAUUGACGCAAGAUUUUGAAGCAAUGGUCAUAAAAUUUUACCGUAAAACACAACACUAAAACGAUCUCAUUAUAUUACCAGUAUAAACAAAAUGGAGUUCCAGAAAUCCACAUGUACAGCCUGGGGGCGUAAAUAAGAGAUGUGAAACAAACUUUUGAUUUUAGUUGCUUUUGAUUUACAAAGUAAUGUUUACUGUUUUGUUUCUUUGUUUUUUAGUUGUUUUUUUUUGUUUUGUUUUGUUUUUGUUCGGACAAUAAGUUGUGACAAAAUACAAAAAGAAUCCGGCCAAAUUUUGACUAAUUAGAGGAAUCAUCGGCAAAUUUAAACAUUUAGAAUGAUUAGCAUUUGUUUAAGCAUAAAGAUUAUAAGGUUAAGGUUAGCGUUCGUACUUCGUAUUUCACAACAUCGAAACUCGGCCGUUUGGCUUCUCAUUCGUUAAAAUGUGCCUGAAUUUGCAAGUUGGAAACGAUCGCUUCAUUGUCCAUUAUACUGCAAGCGGCAUUCUUCGAACCAAGGAUGUUUAUGUCAAAAUAUUUAUUUAUUUGACUUCCUCUUAAACUGGACACACCUGUUGUCGUCGAAUACUUCCUUUUUUUACAAACUUUGGCUACUUAAAAAAAUUGUAGUAUAUGAUUUUCACAUAGUCGAGUUUUAAGUCAUAAAUGACUUUAAUGAGUCCAAGUGAAGCUAAAAACCUUAAACAGUAUUACUUAAGUUAAGGAUCUAAGGCAAAGUCCAAGAUUUUACAACUUCCACGCGUCCUGCGUACGGUCUCCGCAAAUUUAACGUAGCAAUAAAACUCGCCAUUUAUCACAUACGCCAUUUUUCAUACAUAUUUUCAACCCCCCGCCCCCAAAUUAAAACAGCGGAUGAAUCGUACAAAUCUGGAACGAUUGACGGUUUUCGUAGGUAUCUUUCGAACCGUCGAUAUUAUAACGAACCCCAUGGAAGCCCCACCCCCUCUCUCGGUAGGAUUUGUGACACAUCCUUGCUUUGGAGAAUGUUUUGAGUUUGCUAAUAUGAAAGAAAAUCUAUCAGUGUGUGGUCCACUUAGCUAGACGGGUGUCAUCAGUUAAUCCGAAUUAUUAGGAAUUCCUACAGGUUCCAACUGAAAGAGCUUUUCUAGCAUUUACAUCCGGACUAAAACAGACUUGUCUCUGCCUUACACGGACGGUAACGUGAAUAUACUGCAUUUUUAUAAUGACAUUUUUCGACCACUUCAGGGUGGGCAGGUCUGAAACGCUUCGUGCAAGUGAUGUAGUGUAUGACUCGUCACUUCAGAGCAUUGUGCAGUUUGAUGCUACAGCUAUAAACAUAGCUUUUAUUCGUCAGAUCGUAAAUUUGACGUUAAUAAAGGUAGUUUCACUGACGGUGUUUUUUUUUUCUUUUCUAUAACAUUACGAGAAUUCCUUGUGUAGCGAUCAUAGCUACCAUAAAAACACAGAAAAACUGACACACUAGCAUAAUACAAAACUUUUCACAAAAGAUAAAUAAAUAAAAAAGACCAUUUAGAACGUAUUGGUCACUUCUUAUAGUCCAGAAUAUAUGGUAAAAUAAUAAAAAAAAAUUUCAUUCAAAUGAUUCAUUUUUAAAAUGAGACAUUCAGCAACUUUCUCGUUGGGUUUUUUUCGUGUUUUUUUUUUUUUUUUUUUUUUAAUUUAUUUUUCGAUUUUAUUCAUUUCUUUGUAUUUUUUUUAUUUAUUUGACUGUUUUGAACCCAAAACAGAAGAUUAAGGGUUAAGUUGAAGAAAAAGAUUUUUAAUUUAAAAUAAAUCAAUCAAUCAAUUCGGAACACUAAAAUGACAGCUUAAGAUGCCUCCUCAAUAACCACAGCUAUAAUAAAUAAAUAAAUACAUACAUACAUAUAUAAAUAAAUAAAAAUACAGUAUGUCUUUGCACCGCGGUAUUAUUUUCCUCACAUUCUUGAUCCGUCUUAAUCCUUUUUUAAUUUGAGUCUUAUUGAGCGACGAGUCUCUAAUUCAACACUACUGAUAAGCCUAGCCAUAGCCUACCUCUAAAAUAACUUUAAAUAAAAUAGCGUAUGCUUAGAUCGUUUUUUUAAUAAUCACUUCUCUCUUUUUUUUUUUUUACUUUGUGACAUGAUAGAAUAUGAGAAUAUGAGAAAUGCGUCAAUAACAAUGAACUAAUGAGCGUGUAAAUCAAUUCAAACCGAAACCCAGUGCAGUAGGUGCUACAUCGAGGCGUAUGAGACUGUACACUGAUUCUAUUGUAAGAAAUUUGACAAAAAAACAAACAAACAAAAAAAAAAAAAACAACCUUUAUUGAUUAAUUUUUUUUUGAUUGAUUGUUUGGUUUUUACUGUAAAUAUUGUAAGUACUUGUAGUAUGGAAUAGAAAUUAAAACACUUUUGCCUAUUA